GCGCAAAUCCAGUCCUGCUACAGCGCCGUCAAUGGCAAGCAAGCGCUGUGGACAAAGCACGUAUAGCCAAUAUCCAGUUGCGCCAUGGUUUCGACACCGAUUCCCAAUCUGUGGAUUGUAUUUUGUCUUUAUGUAUGUCAUCAGGCGAGCAUGGGGAUAGCACAAAACACGAAAGAAGUAAUCCUUUUGGACUCUAAAGCCCAACAGACAGACCUGGAGUGGAUUUCAUCUCCUCCAAGUGGGUGGGAGGAGAUAAGCGGGCUGGAUGAAAACUACACCCCGAUCCGGACUUACCAGGUCUGCCAAGUUAUGGAGCCCAAUCAGAACAACUGGCUUCGGACUAGCUGGAUCGCAAAGGGAGCCGCCCAAAGGAUAUUUGUGGAAUUGAAAUUCACCUUGAGGGAUUGCAACAGCUUACCAGGUGUUGUGGGGACAUGCAAGGAGACAUUCAACCUGUAUUACCGGGAAACAGAAUCCGAGGUGGGCAGGGAAAUAGGGGAGACCCAAUAUGUGAAAAUUGACACCAUUGCUGCUGAUGAAAGCUUCACCCAGGGAGACUUGGGAGAAAGGAAAAUGAAGCUGAACACAGAGCUGCGUGUUAUUGGUCCCCUGUCCAGGCGCGGGUUUUAUCUGGCCUUUCAGGAUGUUGGGGCCUGCAUCGCCCUAGUAUCUGUCAAGGUCUAUUACAAGAAGUGCUGGUCAAUCAUCGAGAAUCUGGCCAUUUUUCCAGACACGGUCACGGGAUCGGAUUUCUCUUCCUUGGUGGAGGUGGAAGGAACAUGCGUUAGUGGUGCAGAGGGGGAGGCAAAAACCUCUCCCAAGAUGCACUGCAGCACUGAGGGGGAGUGGCUUGUGCCCAUUGGAAAAUGUAUCUGCAAAGCAGGAUUUCACCAGAAAGGUGACUCGUGUGAGCCCUGUGGCCGGGGGUUCUACAAGUCGUCUUCCCAGGACCUGCAGUGCUCCCGCUGCCCCGCCCACAGCUCCAAUGACAGGGAGGGCUCCUGGUCUUGUGCCUGCGAGGAUGGGUACCACCGGGCCCCCUCUGACCCCCCGUACAUGGCCUGCACGAGACCGCCUUCUGCUCCUCAGAACCUGGUCUACACGGUCAACCAGACCACGGUCUACCUGGCAUGGGGCCCCCCGGCGGACAUGGGCGGCCGGCGCGAUGUCACGUACCGGGUGGUCUGCCGGCAAUGCGGCGGCACCAAGGAGGACUGCUUGCCCUGCGGCGGUGGGGUUAGCUUUGCCCCACAGCAAGCCGGGCUGCUGGACACCAGUGUGACGGUGCUGGACCUCCUGGCCAACACCAACUACACCUUUGAGGUGGAGGCAGUCAACGGCGUCUCUGACCUCAGCCGGACACAGCGGCUUUUUGCGGCAGUCAGGGUGGCCAUCACACAAGCAGCUCCCUCACAGGUCAGCGAGUUGAUCAAGGAGAGGGUGCAGCAGCGCAGUGUCCAGCUCUCCUGGCAGGAGCCAGAACACCCAAAUGGCAUCGUCACCGAAUAUGAGAUCAAGUACUAUGAGAAAGAUCAAAAGGAUGGCAUUUAUUCCACUGUGAAAUCAGAGUCAACCUUGGCUACAGUGAACGACCUUAAGCCAAGCACGGCUUAUGUGUUUCAGAUCCGCGCGGUCACGGCGGCGGGGUUCGGCGCGUACGGCCCCAGUUUAGAAGUCACCACUCAGGAUGAGGCCACAGCUGCCGCGGUCUCUGGCGAACAGAACCCGGUCAUCAUCAUCGCUGUGGUGGCUGUGGCGGGAACCAUAAUCCUGGUGUUCAUGGUGUUCGGGUUCAUCAUUGGGAGAAGGCACUGUGGGUACAGCAAAGCUGAUCAAGAUGGGGAUGACGAGCUCUAUUUCCAAUUCAAAUUUCCAGCCACUAAAACAUACAUUGACCCUGAAACUUAUGAGGACCCAAACACGGCUGUCAAUCAAUUUGCCAGGGAGCUGGAUGCUUCCUGCAUUAAGAUUGAGCGGGUAAUUGGCACAGGGGAGUUUGGGGAAGUGUGCAGUGGCUGCCUGAAGCUUCCGGGGAAGAGAGACACACCUGUGGCCAUCAAGACUUUGAAAGUAGGUCACACGGAGAAGCAGAGACGUGACUUCCUGUCAGAGGCAAGCAUCAUGGGACAGUUUGAUCAUCCCAACGUGCUCCGCCUGGAAGGAGUCGUAACCCGGGGUAAACCAGUCAUGGUUGUGAUAGAAUAUAUGGAGAAUGGAGCAUUGGAUUCAUUUCUUAGAAAACAUGACGGUCAGUUUACAGUCAUCCAGUUGGUAGGAAUGCUCAGAGGUGUCGCGGCAGGGAUGAGAUACCUCUCUGACAUGGGCUACGUCCACGGAGAUUUGGCCGCUCGUAACGUUCUUGUCAACAGCAACCUUAUGUGCAAAGUGUCUGACUUCAAGCUGUCUAGACCAACGGACGACGGUCCCGAUGCUGUCUACGCAACAACAGGAAAAAUUCAAGACAUAAUGAGCCUGAUCUUCACUCCGUCGAAUAACGUCCAACUCAAUGAGCAGGGUGGGAAAUUACCAGUGAGGUGGAUGGCACCUGAAGCCAUCCAGCACCGCAAGUUCACAUCUUCGAGUGAUGCAUGGAGUUAUGGUAUUGUUAUGUGGGAGGUCAUGUCCUAUGGGGAGAGACCAUACUGGGACAUGGCCAAUCAAGACGUGAUAAAGGCAAUCGAAGAAGGCUACCGUCUCCCGGCACCAAUGGACUGUCCCCCUGGUCUACACCAACUGAUGCUGGACUGCUGGCAAAAAGACAGGGCAGAACGGCCAAAGUUUGAUCAGAUAGUUAAUGUCCUGGAUAAAAUGAUUCGGAAUCCCAACACAUUGAAAACCCCAGUAGGGACAUGCACAAGGGCGAUUAGCCCCCUUUUAGAUCCAAACACACCAGACUUUGCCACGUUCCAUUCUGUGGAAGAUUGGUUGGAAGCCAUUAAAAUGGAAAGAUACAAAGAGAACUUCACGGCAGCAGGGUACAGCUCAUUUGACUCUGUGGCGAGGAUGACUGCUGAGGACGUUAUGAGCUUGGGGAUCACCUUAGUGGGCCAUCAGAGGAAGAUCAUGUGCAGCAUCCAGUGUAUGAGGGCACAGAUGAUGCAUCUUCACAAUGCUGGCAUCCAGGUUUGACUGCCGACCGAGCCCCGCCCACAACAGGAAGAGCAGACUUACUGACUGGACAAAAACAGAGGCGCAACCGCAGAUAAACAUCGAAAUAAAACAAAAGAGCGAACAAAUGAAAGAAACAAAUGUGUUGGUUUUCAACAUCUACCCCUCUCGAAUAUACGGGGGAAAAAAACAGUUCGGUUGUUCGUCCUCGCUGGAGUGAAUAUGGGAGCAAAUUUUUCUGCGACUCCCUGAAGAAAAAGACGAAAAGACUUCACCGUAUGAGAUUUCUUAAGCUCAGAGGAACUCUUAAAUGGGAUUCAAAAACAAGAUGGGGCAUCUGGAAAGAUUGCUCUAAAAUUGUUUUUGCUUUGUUCCUUUCAUAUUGUAAGGUUUGAUUUUUGUCCCUAUAAAUUUGGGUUCCUCAUACACAGAUUGCUUGUCGGGAGAAAAAAAAAAACAUAUUUCCUUGGAGUUGUGAUUUCAGCACUUUUUGUAGUGUUUUUUUUUAAUUUUUU